CUUAGGACAAACUAUAAACAAAAACCAAAACCAAAAAAGUCAAAAUUGUAAAUAUUUUGUUCAAUCGUUUUGACACGUAGCUUGUUUCCAAGUUUGCAAUGUUUGAAGUUAAAAAUAGAGUGAAAUAGUUCCUCUUGCAAUUUGUUUAUAAUCGUAAUUUCGUCGUGUUAACGUAACUAAAAAUAUGGCUGAGAACGUUAAUAUAGAUCUUUCGGGAGAAAUUAAUGCCACUACUGAAAAGAAAGGUUUACAAAAGUAUGUGAAUGAAGUAGAAUUACUACUGCAACAUGUCCGAAGUGGUGCUGCUCCGGCCCUGGUGCUAGGUCUUCUGUCUAGUAGACGACCAUGGACACAAUUUAUUGCCACUGAAAAUUUUAAGACUCCUGCUUCAAUCCCUCGGCUUACAAGACGUUUUUACAGAAAUAUUGAAUAUUUCCAAGCCAAUUAUUUGGUGGUAUUCCUCGGACUAUUUGCAUAUUGCCUGAUUACUUCACCACUGCUUCUGAUUGCAAUGGUUGCCAGCUUUUUUGGAUAUAGAAAAUUAACAUCUGGCCCAAACACAUGGAAGAUUGGAAAUUGGGAAUUAACGAAAACUCAGCAAUAUGCUGUGUACGCUGCUGCAUCAAUGGCCUUGUGUUGGCUCGCCGGGGCUGGAGCUGUUCUGUUUUGGGUCUUAGGAGCUACAGUCACCGUAGUGGCUCUACACGCAAGUUUCUUCGAUGCGGAGAGCCUUCCCCCUACAGAUGAGCAGUUCCCGAUGAUUGAGCAAGUUUGACAGGACCACUUGCCACUGUUUUUGCCACCACCUGGUCGCAUAAUACCACUCAAUCAACCAUUGUUGAGUUGAAUCUAUUAGUGCAAUUUUUUAUUAAUUUAUUUUAUGUCAUAUAUGCACAAGCUUUGUAAACAGCUUGUAGUUAUAAAUAUGAGAAAAUCUUUUUUUUUUUUUAAAUUAACUAGUUUUGGAACAGUCCUGCCUUAGAGGUUUUGGAUUAAAAAGGAAACUGCUCCACCAAGGUCAAUAAAUAAACUUUACUUGUAAGUAUAAUAGAAUUGUAGUUAUUAUGAAAAUAAGUAAAUUAUUGAAUUAUAUAAUGCUAUAUGUUAUAUAAUUUUAGAAUAGAGUAAUUAUUAUCCAUGAAUAUAUGUCUAAUAUUUGAU